GGUUUUCUGUGGAUGCAGAUCAGCGGGCGGCGGCUUCUGUCCUCCCGCUCGGGUGUGCUCCGGCUGGGCUUCAGUUCUCAGGGUUUCUCGCUGUGUUUGGAGAGUUUGAGGCCGGCGAGUUUCAGUGACGCCAUGAUGUUAUUUAUACCCGAUGAGCUCACGAGCGCCGAACUCGGUAACUUUAGCACAACACGACCGGACGGCGCUGACUAGCAUAACUAGCGGCCCUCUCCACUGGUUUACCCGCUCGUCUGUGGAUUUACUGGAGAAUGAGACCGACUGGAGGCUUCACGGAUCUGAUCAUGAUGAAGUGCAGUGGUGAGGAUCUUCCUGAGGUCACGAUGCUGCUGAACGUCUGUAUGGAGCCUGGAGCAGUCUGAAGAGUCUCUCAUUACACACACACACACACACACACACACAUUAACACAAACUCAAACACACUCACACACACACACACACACACACUCACACACACACACACACACACACACACUCUCUGUCCCUCAUCUGUGUGUGUGCGCUCCGCUGAGGCCGCCGUGGGGGAUUGUGGGUAUGUGUGAGCGUGUGUGCGGCGCGCGGCCCAUCGGCCCGCAGGCUCUGGUGGCGCUGCUGGAGGGCCGGGUGGAGCGGGUGCUGCUCAUCGACUGCAGGCCCUUCGUGGAGUUCAACUCCUGCCACAUCCUGGAGGCCGUGAACAUCAACUGCUCCAAGCUGAUGAAGAGGAGACUGCAGCAGGACAAGAUCCAGAUCAGCGAACUGCUGCAGCACUGCGCCAAGAGGAAGCUGGAGCUCCAGGGUCAGGAGGUGGUGGUUUAUGACCAGAGCUCAGGUGACCCCGCCUCCCUCUCACCGGAUGCCUUUCUCAGCGUCCUGUUGGUCAAGCUGGAGAAGAGUUUCCCAUCAGUCCACCUGCUCUCAGGGGGUUUCCUGCAGUUCUCAGGGCUGUUCCCGGGUCUGUGUGAGGGGAAGUCUGCGCUGGUGCCGUCCUGUGUGUCUGCAGUGUGUGUGUCGGUCAGCAGCGCCGGGCCCACGCGGAUCCUGCCACACCUGUACCUGGGCUGCCAGCGGGACGUGCUCAACCAGGAGCUGAUGCAGCAGAACGACAUCGCCUUCGUGCUGAACGCCAGCAACUCCUGCCCCAAGCCAGACUUCAUCCCGGACACACACUUCCUGCGGGUGCCGGUGAACGACAGCUUCUGCGAGAAGAUCCUGCCGUGGCUCGACCGCUCCGUGGAGUUCAUCGAGAAAGCCAAGGCCAGUAACGCCAGAGUUCUGGUUCACUGUCUGGCGGGAAUCUCCCGCUCGGCCACCAUCGCCAUCGCCUACAUCAUGAAGAGGAUGGACAUGACACUGGAUGAAGCGUACAGGUUCGUGAAGGAGAAGCGGCCGACCAUCUCUCCCAACUUCAACUUCCUCGGGCAGCUGCUGGACUUCGAGAAGAAUCUGAAGAGUGUCUGUGACCCGCAGCGAGCGGCCGAACCCAAGCCCGGCGUGUCGGAUCUGCUGGAGCCGCUGACGCUGCCCUGUGUGCUGAGCGGCGUCUCUGAGGAGCGUCUGCUGGCCCGCGCGCUCUGCGGACUCACGCUCGGAGAGGACCUGAAGGAGAACACCCGGCCCAAGCGCUCAUUCUCUCUUGAUAUUCAGUCGUAUGGCGAGCCGGCGGCAUCUGUGCGGGCGUUUCCCAUCAGUGCGGACAAACCUGGCUGCCAGUUCUCCCCGGUGCAGGAGGUUUCAGAGCAGAGUCCGGAUCAGGAGCGGGCUGAGGACAGUUCUGCGAGACCCUGGGGUACGCCAGCGCUCCAGCGCAGCGGCAGUGUGGAUGAGUCUCCGCGUCCGGUCGGCGCGCUGAAGGGCUGGCACUCAGACAUGCUGCUUGGGCCGGUGAGCGGUGGCUGGCUCCUGCCCCCUGACCUCUACCCCGGCCCUGGUGGGUCCCCGUACGGCUGCGCCGUGGGACUGGAGGCGGUGCGGCGGCGCGGGCGGCAGCGCAGCGGGGACACAGGAGACUCUCGCCGCAGCUGGCACGAGGAAUCCAGCUUCGAGAAACAGCUGAAGCGCCGCAGCUGCCAGAUGGAGUUCGGGGACGGCGGGACUGACAGCCGAUCCAGAGACGACACCGCAGCCGGCCAGACCAGCUUCAGCGGCAGCAUGGAGAUCAUAGAGGUCUCCUGAGGAACACUCUCUCAUGCUGAUCACACACACGGACACUGUUGGAGCAGUGCUGCUUGGUGACUUUUCCAUUAUUAUUCCUGAUUAGUCUCACCUGGCUGAUCAUUCCCCAGAGUGACCCGGCUGCAUUGCUCAAAGGUUGCCCUGUGCAUCGUCAGCAGAACUCUGCUGGUCUCUGGUUCAGACUGAAGCUGGAGUGUCCUGACGCCAGCCCAGCUGCGGUGCUGAAUCCAGGAGACUCGAUUCUCAACCCAUCAGGAGAUGUUCUGAAUGUAGGGCCGCGCAAUACUGGAGGAAACUGACGAUCGAUGUUUGAUUCUUCUGCGAUACGCAUUGACUAUAUUUUCUCCUGAUGACAUGAACGCCUCAGGAACUCAUCAUGCUAGAGUGAUUGAUGAUAGAUGUAGACUGAGCGCAUCUGCACCCCAUACAGCACACGGAUCAGCACAGUAGAGCACAGAGCAGUCUAUUAGCCGUGCUGUUCAGACACAGCAGCUGUACAGUCAGAUGUAGAGUAAGUCUUCACAGUCUGCAGAGGUCAGCGUUUCAGGGGAUCGACACAGAGGGCCGGACAGAUGCUGCUGUUGGUUUUGAUCCUCUCCACAUGUUGGCUACUGCGUGCUGUAAUGUAUUAGCCUGAACGCUUUACACUGGCCUGAGACGCUCACACAGCUGCAGGCCGUAAACACAUGCGGAUCAUCACUCACCGGACAGCUGAUGGGUAACCUCUGCAGAUCAUUGAUCAUCCACACUGAGCGUCCUGCGCUGUGAUGCUGCAGAUGUGCACAUGGUGGAUGCUGGAGGAAUAUGUCCUGCAGCCCUCACUGAUGCACCGCUAUUCUGCCUUUAAUGAUUCAGAUUUUCCUUUUCACCAGCAGAUGGCGCUGUAUGCAUUACAAACAGCCUUCAGUUCCUCGCACACGCCUCUCAUAAAGUCACCAUACCUAAAAUAGUCAUUACUAUUAUUAACGUUAAAGUUAAUUAACGCUCUCCUGGACUGCCGUCUGCUGGUAAACACUAGCUUAGAGCAUCUUCUACUGGUUUGGAAACUAUCAUAGCGCACCCUCCUAAACUAGCCUAGAGCAUUUUCUGCUGUUCAAAACUAGCCUAGAGCGCCAUCUGCUGUUUCAACACUAGCCUAGAGCGGCAUCUACUGUUUCGACACUAGCAUAGAGCGGCAUCUGCUCUUAAACACUAGCCUAGAGCAUUUUAUGGUGUUUAAAGCUAGCCUAGAGCGCCAUCUGCUGUUAAAAACUAGCAAAGAGCACCAUCUACUGCUUCGAAACUAACAUAGAGCACCAUCUGCUGUUAAACACUAGUCUAGAGCGCCAUUUGCUGUUUCAAAAUUAGCCCAAGACACCAUUUACUGGUAAACGCUAGCCUACAAACGCCGUCUACUGUUUGGAAACUAUCAUAGAGCGCCCUCUUAAACUAGCCAAGAGCACCAUCUACUGUUUCGAAACUAACCUAGAGCACAAUUGGCUGUUAAACGCUUACCUAGAGCACUCUCUGCUGUAAAAUGUUAGCAUAGAGCACCAUCUACUGUUUUACAAAUAGCAUAUAGGAUAUCUGCUGUUAAACACUAGCAUAGAGCACCAUCUGCUGUUUCACAACUAGCCGAAAAACCGCCUGCUGGUAAACGCUAGCCUACAAACGCUAUCUACUGUUUCGAAACUAUCCUAAAGCACCCUCUUAAACUAGCCUAGAGCAUUUUCUGCUCUUUAAAACCAGCCUAGAGCGCCGUCUGCUGUUUCAAAACUAACAUACAGCACCAUCUGCUGUUUAACGCUAGCCUAGAGCGCCGUCUGCUGUUUUAAAAUUAGCCCAAAACACAGUGUACUGGUAAACGCUAGCCUACAAACACCAUGUACUGUUUGGAAACUAUCAUAGAGCGCCCUCUUAAACUAGCCUAGAGCAUUUUCUGCUGUUUAACUCUAGCCUGGAGCGCCAUCUGCUGUUACACUAAUGUCCAUUGCAGAGAGGAUCGCCAUACAUUCUGAAAAUGUAAGAAGUAAUCGAUAAGCCUCAGUUCACCGAUGAGUCGCCUGACUCAGAACACUUCCUCAUAUAAACAAACCAUCAGAAUAUAGAUGUAAACAAACCGUAAAUGAUGGUGAUUAAGUCAAGUUCGGGUUAUGUUUGUGCUUCAGAAGUGGAGAUUUCCUUAAAAUAAACUAAAAUAAUUCAGAAUGAAGGAAGCAAAGCACACCAAGACCAGCCGCCUGUGGGAGAUGAUCUGCACCGACAGGAGCUGUGGUCUCAGGAAGUCCUGUUGAUCUGGAGUCACACACACACACACACACACACACACACAGAGACUCUCUCCUCAUUCAGAACCCGUCCGCCGUUCACACACAGCUCUGAGACACUGUUGGUUUCCUCCACUGGUGCUUUACUGUGGACUCAGAGCAGUGCUGAUGCUCAGACUCUAGAGAGACAUGCUGGCCUGAGAUCAGUGCUUAUUCUGCAUCUGAGGGUCAGCGGUGUGAGUGCCAUAAGGACUCUUCAGACUGAUCAGCAGAUGAUGAUGAUGAUGAUAUAGAACACUAACGCUGUGAAAUCACUCACAUUACUGAGGAUAUGAUCAUUGAGGUAUUCUGAAUCCAUGAUGACCCGCCGUGUUCAGAGUGUGAGAUCAACAGCCGUGUGUGUGUGCGUGCGUGCGUGCGUGUGUGUGUGUGUGUGUGUGUGCUCGUUCUGCAGAUGUGGAUCAGUAGCAGGUUAUUGAUUGCUGAAAUAAAACACCAAUGGUACUUGA